UCCGCAUAGGAUGCUCUUGUGUUUCCUCGCCCAUGGGUCCUCUGGCCUCCCUCCUCGUUCCUCGUCUCCUCGGAUAUCCUUCAUGACGUUACACUUCGAACCAUUUCCUGGGCAAGAGCUGGAGGACUGAGGAGCGAGGACAGAGGAAGCAUGCAAAUAGUGGUAUGGGAUGUACCUAUGGAAGCCAGUAGAUCCCUAACACCGGAAGUAAGACAAAAGUUUCAGGAGUUGGUUUUGUAGUUCAAGAACCUCCGAUAGAACAGUUAGGAAUCGGAAGAUUUCAGCAAAUUUGGAAUUUACUCAUAUGAUUGUGGAUUUAACUUCUGUUUUACUAUGGGUCUUCCAACACUGGAAUUCAGCGAUUCUUUCUUGGACAGUCCAGACUUUCGAGAACGUUUAAAAUGUCACGAAAUUGAACUGGAUCGGACGAACAAAUUUAUUAAGGAACUUAUCAAAGAUGGUAACAUGCUUAUCAGCGCACUGAAGAGUUUGUCUGCAGCUGUGCUGAAGUUCUCUCAGUCCCUACAAGACUUCCAGUUUGAGUGCAUCGGCGAUGCAGAGACGGAUGAUGAAAUUAAUAUAGCUCAGUCAUUCAAGGAAUUUUCUCGACUACUUACUACAGUUGAGGAAGAGAGAAGAAGACUUAUACAGAAUGCAGAUGAUGUCCUGAUCACACCACUGGAGAAGUUCCGCAAAGAGCAAAUUGGUGCUGCCAAAGAAGGAAAGAAGAAGUUUGACAAGGAAACUGAGAAAUAUUACACAGUUUUGGAAAAACACUUGAAUUUGUCCUCCAAGAAAAAAGAGGCAUUUUUACAAGAGGCCGAUACCCAGAUCAGCAAGGAGAGACAAGUCUUCUUCGAUGCUUCCUUGGAAUAUGUUUUCAAAAUCCAGGAAGUUCAGGAAAGAAAGAAAUUUGAAUUUGUUGAACCACUCCUGGCAUUCCUCCAAGGUCUCUUCACCUUCUACCAUGAGGGCUAUGAACUGGCCCAUGAAUUUGAGCCCUACAAGCAGCAGUUGCAGUUCAAUCUGCAGAAUACAAGGAACAACUUUGAAAGCACCAGGCAGGAAGUGGAGAAGCUGAUGCAGAGGAUUCGCUCAGCUGAACAGGAUUUCAAAGCCCCUGGCCAGUGGACAAUGGAGGGUUUCUUGUAUGUUCAGGAAAAAAGGCCCUUGGGUUGUACAUGGAGUCGUCACUACUGUACGUACGAGAAGGAGAGCAAGAUGUUCACCAUGAGCAACUUUGAAAUCAAAUCAGGGGGCAAACAGAAUGGUCUUGUGAUGAGCUCACCUGAGAUGUUCAAGCUCAAAUCAUGCAUAAGAAGAAGAACUGACUCCAUCGACAAACGCUUCUGUUUUGACGUCGAGGUGGUAGAGAGAAAUAACACAUGUCAAGGAAUUCUAUUCAGUCCUCUUCAAUGUUUCUAUAAAGUGCGGCAUGGGGUAAUCACGCUUCAGGCACUGUCUGAAUCCAACAGACGCCUGUGGAUGGAGGCUAUGGAUGGCAAAGAGCCGAUAUACACCCUGCCAGCUCUUCUGAGCAAGAAAGAAGAAACCUUUUUAAACGAGACAGGCUUCAACUUUGUAAAGAAUUGUAUUUUUCUUGUGGAGACAAGAGGCAUUAAUACUAUGGGCUUGUACAGAAUAGGAGGAGUUAACUCCAAAGUGCAGCGACUGAUGGCCUCAGUAUUUGCACCCAAGGCUUCUGUUAAUGUGGACCUUGACCCAGAUACAUGGGACAACAAGACAAUCACCAGUGGCCUCAAGAAUUACGUCAGGUGCCUUUCUGAGCCUCUCAUGACCUACAGACUUCAUAAAGAUUUCAUCCUGGCAGUCAAGUCUGAUGAUCAAAACUACAGAGUGCGAGCUGUCCAUGCCUUUGUCUAUAAACUGCCUGACAAGAACAAAGAGAUGCUGGAUAUUCUGAUCAAGCAUCUGCUGAAGGUUUCCACUCACAGCCAGAAGAACCUGAUGACAAUCUCAAACCUGGGGGUUAUAUUCGGCCCGACUCUCAUGCGCUCCCAGGAGGAGACCGUAGCUGCCAUGAUGAACAUCAAGUUUCAAAACAUAGUCGUGGAGAUUCUCAUCGAAAACUACGAGAAGAUAUUCCAGCAGCCCCCGGACCCCAACGUGCCGCUGCCUCAGCCCCAGUCCCGCUCCAGCUCCAGCUCCAGACGCAGCCGAGCCAUCUGCCUCUCGUCGGGGCCCAGGAAGUCCAGGGGCCUCUACACGCCCACCCUCUGCCUGGCCGACGCUGACAGUCAGUGCACAUCUAAAGCCUAUUGUGACACGUUCAGCAGCAGUCCCAGCAGCACGCCUAGGGGCAGCAUGGAGUCUCUCUCCUCCCACUCGUCCGAGCAGAACAGUCACUCCAAGGCCGGCUCGCCCUCCCACCCCAAGAGCAAGCCCGCCACUGCCCUCUGCUGGAGCACCUCCUCGCAGGCCUCCAACGGCCCCAAGAGCCGAACCUGCGCCAGCAGCCCAGACUCCAGCUCCAAGGAGGACACUGCCAAGACGGACGGGGAGGCAGAGGACGCCCUGAGCGUGUCGUCCCUCACACCAGUGGGCCGGCGCUCCCCGACGCCGGAGAUUCCCCAGCGGCAGCAGACGAGUGCUGGGGAGCACCGAGCCACUCAACGGAGUCUCUCAACUUCCUCCUCCCUCACCUCCCUUCACAUCUCAGAGGGCUGUAGAAGCUUUCAUGGCUCAGUUCAGAGCCUUGCAUCACAGGCCAAGAGAGACAGCCUGAAAACCAGCCCUUUGCCAGACCUACCACCUAAACUGUCAACUGAGCACAACCGUCCGGAGAAAGGAGCCAGUAAUGGAUACCAAAGACCUGGUUCACUAGUGGCCUCAAAAGCUUUGCUUUUUGAAAACCCUGCUGACACCAAACCCACCUUGGAUGGAAGAGAUGCAAAGGCCUUGUAUUCCUGUAUGGCAGAGCACAGCCAUGAACUGAGCUUCCCCCAGGGGGCGAUAUUCUCCAACGUGCACGCCUCAAUUGAACCUGGUUGGCUUCAAGCAACUUAUGAAGGAAAAACUGGACUAAUCCCAGACAAUUACGUGGUGUAUUUGUAAGAAACAAAAGGAAACCGAUUUUCCAUGGUAUCCAUGGUGUGAGUUGUGUUAAAUAUAGUGAAAUGUUUAACAUUUGUGCAUAGUCUGUACAUAGAACUGAAAUAUUUGGUCAGCACUCAGUGUUAUGUUACAUCGCAGGUACAUGUAGGGUAACCAAUAAUACACACAGUCUAUUCAAUGUGUUGAUGUUACGGAAAUUACAUUUAUAUACGAAAGAGUGAAAUAAUAGGAUAAUAAAAGAGUAUUAUGUUGACAAGUUAAAACGUUUAUUCCGAUGGUACAUUAAUGUGUCACAGGCCUACUUAGGACCUCACUGUUACGUAUUAGCCUCCUGUACACUUUUCUUUCAUACUGUGUGUGACUGGAGCCAGUAAUGCUGUCCCGGCAUCCUUCCUCUAACAUGUUCAAAUUAAUAUACAGUACACCUGUUUAGGUUACGCAUACUGCUUCUUUUUUUUUUAACAAAUUAAGAAGAAAUAGUCUACCUUUUUAAUAACAUUCUACCUGUUUUAUACAUACUGCAACACAUUUAUCUAUGGUAAUUCAUAAUUUGGUUGAUGUUGUUCUGGUUAGACAGUAUUAAACCAGUUACACUGACUGAGAAGCAUUUUGUUGUAGUGGCAUUGUUCAGUGUUAGUUUGUAAUUAUUCUAAUAAUAUGGGUUCACAUGAACCUUGACAUCGUGUUGGCUCUGACAACUAGGUACUGUAAUGUUGUUCUGCUUAAUUGUAGACGUAUAUCAUUGUUAAUUACUACAAUGUAAGCUGUAAGUCUAGUCAAAGGCUCACUGAAAUCAAGUAGCUGUUGUACGUGUAGUUUUUCUACUGUAUUUUACUGACACUGGUCUAUCAUUUUAUGUAUUGUAUUAUUUAAAUUACUUACUGUUGUAAUAAAUAUCUACAGUGCCUUAAACACCA